GCCGACACAACGCCACUGUUCGUCGCACUUUUUUUUGGUGUGCGCCGCCCGCUAAACUGCGCUACGGCUACGGAUUUCACUAGUACCUCGUAGCCACCACGAAGUCGCCAAUCCCAAUGCCAGGAAGGAAGUCUCACGAAUUCCCUCAUGUGCCGAUGUGCGCACCGCCUCCGAAUGCUGGAACGGGUAUUCCUCUUCUCGCCGCCGUCCUCCGCUCCGGUGAGGGUCGCUACCGCUUUCCGGAUGCGCUUCCUACUCGUUACUGACAGAGGCAAUUUUGGUUCAACAUCUUCUAGAAGGGGAUUGACUGCACUAUCCCCAGGCAUUGAGGAAAGCAGUUUUGAGGCUUGGUGGAGUUCUUCAGCUGCUCGCCUUAAUGGAGGCAUCCAAAAAGGCUUCAACUCUCUGGUGAUUUUAGAGCUUGGUGUAUUUAGCGACACUGUAACGAGUGUGUUUUUGAAGGUGUUCCGCCUAGUGUCGCUAGGGCCAUGUCUUUAGUUGAGGAUGAGUAUAGUUUGUGGUGUCUUGUUGGUGCUAAGGGUUUGUCCUUGCUCUCAGUUUAUGGUCAUGACCCAGGAUGAUGCACGUUGUUGCUUCUCUGGAGUAGAUGUUUUAGUGUUAGCUUUUUUUAGUGUUUUUAGUGUUGUGUCUUUUUCUUUUUUUUGUAGGGUUUUUUGGCUCUUGUAUUGUUCUCCUUCUAUCUUGUAAUGCGAUGAUACACAACUCUCUUGCAUCAUCAUCAUCAUCAACAACAACAUAGCCUUUUAGUCCCAAGCAAGUUAGGGUAGGCUAGAGUUGAAACCCAACAAGAUGUCACCAAAAGGGGAAAGAGAGAGAAAGGGGAGGGAAAAGCUUUUGAGAGCACUAAAAGAAGAAAAGCCUAAUCAUGGUUCGGCACGUGGAUAACUUCUUUCGAAGCACUUCUAUCCAAACACAACUCCAUUGGGAUAUUCCAUUCCUUCAAGUCCCUUUUUGAUUGCCCUCCCAUGUCAAGUUUGGUCGACCUCUACCUCUCUUCACAUUAUUGUCCCGUCUUAUGAUGCCUCUAUGCACCGGCGCCUCUGGGGGUCUCUGGUGGACAUGCCCAAACCAUCUCAACCGGUGUUGAAUAAGUUUUUCUUCAAUUGGCGCUACUCCUAGCCGAUCGCGUAUGUCAUCGUUUCUCACUCGGUCCAAUCUUGUGCGCCCAUAUAUCCAACGCAACAUACGCAUCUCUGCGACACUUAGUUGUUGCUCUUAGUAGGUCAACACUCAGCCCCAUAUAACAUAGCAGGCCUAAUCGUGUCCUAUAGAACUUGACGCCAUUUCAUCCACCCCGCUUUGAUUCUAUGGCUAACAUCUUCAUCAAUAUCACCAUCUCUCUGUAGCAUCGAUCCCAAAUAACGGAAGGUGUCCUUCUUUGGUACUACCUGGCCUCCCAAACUCACAUCUCCAUCCUCACUAAUUGUAGUACCAAAGUCACAUCUCAUAUACUCGGUUAUGGUACUGCUAAUUCUAAAUCAUUUUGACUCCAGUGUCUCACGCCAUAACUCUAGCUUUCUAUUUACUCCUUCCCGUUCAUCUACUAGAACUACAUCGUCCCAUCGUGAUUAUAAUUCGAUAUUGGCGUCUAAUAAUUUAAGUUUAUGUGAGGAUGUCCUUGAAUAACUAGUCUUAAACUCUUAAUGUAAGCUACCAUAAAAAUCUACAAUACUUUGUCAGAACAGCAGCCAGCGACCCAGCUACAAGAGCGUAGCAGGAAACCAUUAGAGUUAGGUUUAUUGCAGUUGAAUUUUGCAAAACAAUUUAAACAUAGACAAAAGUCUUGUAGGAUGUUUAAAAUGCAGGAUUUCUUUGAAUCUUACUGUAGCAGAAUUCAUUAGGUUUGUUUGCAGUACAAUUUCAUAAAACUAUUAAAAUUUAUUGGCAUGAAUCUUGUGGAUGUGAAAGGAUCUUGGAUAACACAGAAGAUUCUAAGCUAAUAAACAUCAAUCAUGGCACAACUUAGAACGGAACACCACAAACAUUAUGGGAUCUAGGCUGGAAAACAAUACCGUGAUGCAGGCAGAAUGCUUGUUGCCUGUUUGAACUGAAUCCACAAUGUUUCCCUUCCUGUUCACACCUUUGACAAGAGCCGGUGAUGUUGUUGAGGUUCCAAUUGAAUGAUGUUUCACCAAAAUUGAUUGUUCUAUUUGCCUUUUCGUUGAAGAGUGACCUUCCGGAGAAUGUGUUAUAGUUUGGACCAUUUUUGUCGUAAGUGUAGGGUACUGGGAUUCCCUUUGCAACAACCUCGCAACCCAUGGGAAGAGUAGACAUAUCUGUAUAAGGAUCCACCAGGUACCAGAGCUGGCUUGCAUUGAUAAUGAGGCUCCGGCAAGAGCUUGGGCCUGCAAUAUCAUCUUGAUUUGUUGCUUCUCUUGAGCAUCCUACAACUACUGAGACAGGAUUCACUACAGGUGUGUACACAUCAGUUGAUUGAUUUCUUUUAACAAGCUUCUGAAGUUGGCAGUGUGAUGAUGAGUCCUCUGGCGGGAUGACAUUCAUGACACGAUGCCUGUAAUAUAUUGCUGUCACUCUGCAGGAGCCAAGAACUGGAUGAUCAAGGAUGGUGUCAUGCCCAGAGCAUGAUAAUUGCAUCCCAGGUGUGCCACAGGAUGGAGGGUGGCUUGGAAGCCGAAAGGGGAACCGGAUCUCUGGUCCAUGCUUGUGGCAUCGAUGCGAUGGGCAAGAUUUGCGGAAGUCAUCAUCUUCCUUCGAUGUGGCAGCAUAGGAUGCAUAGUUGAGAAGCAAAAGCAGCAGCACUGCCAGAAGAAAUUUAUGCGAGUUCAUGGGGGAUGUGUUCGGAGAUGAAGGUGGGCGAGGAGAAGGUUGCAAGUGCUUCAGAAUGAGCACCUAUCUCUAUUUGCUUUAACCUCUCGGGAGGAGAGAUUAUGUGAAUGUCAUGACCGCUACGCGGUGGAAAGGAAUUCCUGCUGCCAAUAUUGCUUUACCAGGAAGUUUCCUUUCUUCUUCAGUCUUAUUCCUCCCUUCUCGAAUAUUAUAUUUAUCUUCUGUUAGUAUUAUUUUGACUGCUUUGUGCACGCCUAACGACCUGGCUUUUAUUUUCCUAGUCAAGUCACUAUAAGACUUUUUAAUUUCGGAUAAGGCUUGUGAUUGCCGUGUUUCAACUGAAAGAUAACCUUUUUUUUUCUUACUCUUUCGGACUUUCGGUUGCGUGAAAGACCCAUGCGAACCAAAAAAGAGAAGACACAAAAGAAGAAAGACUCAAGUCAGUGGCAUCACAAUCAUGAAGUGUGAUUCUCUUGCUCAAAUAGCUGUUACGUGGAAGGUGCAUACGAACCAAAAGACAGACAAAAGAAGAUAGACUACAAUUGAAGUGCGAUUUUCUUGCAAGUUGCUAUGCUCGGCCUAUCUAGGGGUACCGUCCCACUAGUAGGAGAUAAAAAUAUACCUACAUAUUUCGUACGUGACGUAAGACAACCGUCAAAACUAGUGUUUUAUAGUAGUUGAGAUUGUGAUGCUCUAGAUAUAUAUGCUUAAGUUACAAAGGAUAUGUUGUUAAAUUUUUAUAUGUUUUCCUAUUUUCUAUAAGUGAAGUCUUCUCUCCCUUUUUUCUUAUUUUCUGUUUUUAUUUCAAUUUCUAAAUUCAAAUCAAUUUCAAUUUAAAUGUAACAAUAAAAAACCCAGCAUGUAGUGCAAGGUAAAAUUUUAACUUUACCUUUUUUCAAGAAAAUAUUUCUAAGUAGACAAUUCAUAAGAGAAUAAUUCCCUCAAAUAAAUAAUUAAAAACUUUUUAUUUAAUUCUGAACUUAAAAUCUGGUAUUACAGGUCCCAUCCAAUCGCAGGCCAUUUGCAAACCAGAAAAAGCGAAACGCAAAAAAAAUCACAAUUAUGUGGACCAGUCAUGUGCGUUUGUUUCUCAAAUACAAGAUGAUACUCAGGCUGUGACUCUUGUUUCUACUCACUCCACGCCACUGACUGGCAGGCGAUUAUGUGAUUCAUGAACCUUCUUGCCAUGGCGACGAUGUCUGCAGCGUCUCAUCGCUGCUGUGCUUCUUCCUUGAGAGCUUUAACCGUGUUAUUUGUGUUGGCAGCUCCUGUUUCAGAUGUAGAGGGGCGACAUCAUCGUCAUGUCUGUCCUUAUUUCUCCUGCGGUGGUUUAAGCAAUAUAUCGUAUCCAUUCCGUCGGCAAGGUGAUCCAUCUGGGUGCGGUGUCCAAUCGUGUGAGCUGGUUUGCACGGAUACAGACGCCACAAUUCGCAUCGGCAGUGGAACAUACAAGGUGCUUAGCAUCAACUUCACAUAUUCUUACUUCUGGGUUGUUGAUGCCAACCUGGACAUCCAGAGCAGUUGCCCCCUUCCCCGGUGGGAUUACCAUGCUGGGACCAGUGGCAACUCACGUCUUGGGAGGAUUGAGUUCAGCCAUGAUUUCACAUAUUUUUGUUAUCCUAAUUCUAAGUGGGCUUUCUUUGUGAAUUGUUCUCAGCCAAUAGAGAACAACGAUAUAUAUGAGCCGGUGUCUUGCUUGAGCAGUUCUUCUUUCAUCUACAUGGUAACUGACUUCUUGUAUGAUGGCUAUGUUCCUGCUGAUAGUCUGCAGCCUUCAUGCGGUUACCUAGCCAUGACUCCUUUGGGUAGUCCAGGCAUGCCGGUGCCCAAGAAUACAAGCUAUCCAGAUGUUGUUAAGUUCAUGAGGAAUGGAUUUGCCCUUGGAUUUACUGUUUCGAUUCCUGACCCCAACAUCAGAGAAUGUUUCGCUGAGUUUAUGCGGGUCGUCGACAUAUUCUUGGCUUGUGUUAUCUAUCAACUUCAAUCAACUAAUAAUAAUGGUGUCACAACUGUUCUCAUCGGCAUCAUUGAAACGAUACAAUAUGUUAGCGGGGUCCUGAAAUAUACAGCGGUUGUUUGCAGGUUCGUAUUAAUGCCGCUGGCAGUAUUCAUCUUCCUAGUCUAUAAAUACUGGAAAACAAGGAUAACAGUAGAUGCAGUCGAGAAGUUCUUGCAAAUGCAGCAGAUGCUCGUUCCAAUGAGAUAUGCAUACACAAACAUCAUUGCUAUCACCGGCCAUUUCAGAGACAAGCUCGGACAAGGUGGUUACGGUUCUGUAUACAAGGGGGUGCUACAGCCAGGUGAAGUUCAUGUUGCUAUCAAGAUGUUGGGCAACUCCAACUGUAAUGGAGACGAGUUCAUCAGUGAGGUCGCCACCAUUGGCAAGAUCCACCAUGUCAAUAUUGUGCGCCUCAUCGGGUUUUGCUCCGAGGAAAAUAGCAGGGCACUUAUCUACGAGUUCAUGCCCCAUGGAUCUCUCGAUAAGUACAUCUUCUCGUCGGAGAAGAGUUUCUCGUGGGACAAACUCAAUGAGAUCGCUCUGGGCAUUGCUAGAGGUCUCAACUACUUGCAUCAUGGGUGUGAUAUGCAGAUUGUACACUUCGACAUCAAGCCACACAACAUCCUUCUCGACAACAACUUUGUUCCAAAAGUUGCUGAUUUUGGGCUUGCCAAGCUGUUCCCAAAAGAUGACAAUUUCGUGCCACUGAGCGCUAUGCGGGGAACGAUUGGCUAUAUAGCUCCAGAGAUGGUAUCUCGAAGCUUUGGUGUUAUCUCUAGCAAAUCCGAUGUGUACAGCUUUGGGAUGCUACUAUUGGAGAUGACGGGCGGGCGAAGGAACGCAGAUCCUCAUGCAGGAAGCUCCAGUCAAGCAUACUACCCAUCCUUGGUGUACAGCCAGCUGAGCCAAGGAGAUGCGAACGAGAUCAGUGAAGGUGUUGAUAUGCACGAGUUAGAGAAGAAGCUAUGUAUCAUUGGGCUUUGGUGCAUACAGAUGAAGCCGCAAGAUCGGCCGACGAUGAGCGAGGUCAUAGAGAUGUUUGAAGCUGGUGUCGAUGGCAUCCAAAUGCCUCCAAGGCCAUUCUUUUGUGAUGACGAGGGUGAUAGUUCUUACUCUGCAAUCUCUAAACUGGAUACAAUAGAAGAGUAGUAGUUGUAGUAAAAUACACUUGUGUCUAUGUGAUCUUAAUGUAUUAGACUACUAAUAAUGCAAGGUUGUCGUAAGCUAAGGUACUGGUUGUAUACUUUUAUUGAGAGUGUGGUAAUGUGUUUUGAUAUAAAAUACCUCCAUGAACCUUUUUUUACAAAGAACUCAA